CUCACAGCACUCGCCAUACACUUCAGCUAUCUAGAGUCCUUUCCCUGGUCCAUCGUCAAUCCUAGCAUCCCACAAAAAAACACCAACCAUGGCCGAAGGACACCGCCACCACCUCUUCCACCACAAGAAGGAGGAUGAGCAACCCGUUGAGGCUGCAGUCUACUCCGAGACCGCCUACAGCAGUGAGACCACCUACGGCAGUGGCCCUGAUAGCGCUUAUGCUGAGACCACCGAAGUGACCACCGUCAUGGAGCCUGAGGUCGAUUACAAGAAGGAGGAGAAGCACCACAAGCACCUCGAAGAACUCGGCGGGCUCGGUGCAGCCGCUGCUGGCGCUUAUGCUUUGUAUGAGAAGCAUGAGGCCAAGAAGGACCCAGAGCACGCCCACAGGCACAAGAUAGAGGAGGAAGUGGCCGCCGCUGCUGCUGUCGGGGCUGCCGGGUUCGCCUUCCAUGAGCACCACGAGAAGAAGGAGACCAAGGAAGAAGAUGAAGAGGCUCAUGGCAAGAAGCACCACCAUCUCUUCUAAACCGCGGACGACCUCCGCCUCUCUCU